AUGGUCAAUCAACGCCAUCCCGUCAAGGGCCCUUUGCGCCCAAUCAACCCCAACGACGACUCGCACUCCUCUGGCAGUCGCGAAGUGCCGAAGACAUCAACAACUGGCAAACAGGCUUAUGGCACACAGAAUAGCUCUGCGAGGCCCCAGAGCCGUGGCACACCCUCCUUAGAUCCCGAUUCGCUAUCCUCCAGAUUCGAUGCUAUGCGUGUGUCAACCACGCCCAAGGGCAAGCCGCCGCCAAAUGCUACUAACAUGUCUGCUCGCCGCAUGCCACCUCCACAACGGUCAGACAGCCCCGACGUCGUUGAAAUCACCAGUGUCGAUUUCAAGCAACCGUCAUCGUCAAGACCAAGCUCCAAGGAAAGCCAACCCAGUCAAUACGAGCAAUCGAUGCUACACUCUGAGGCCCUAGAGUCGUUCUUUUCAGACACCAAGCGGCACGACCCCUUUCAUCCUUCUUCGUCCCCACGGCCUGUGUUUGGCCACCCGACCAAGAUAGUGUCGUCUCUUAAGCAGAAGGCGGCAGGCAUCUUCAACGAGCGGACGUCUCGACCCGAGCAUCAUAGAGCUCAGCAGGUGUCUGUGCCUGCCGUCCCACUGUAUCAAGACCAGAAACCUGCGCCUCUCACUCUCUACAGCUCUAUCGGACCCGAUGCGAACCCUUCCACAUAUCGACCGACCGGCAACUUUGGCGAUACCGAUUUCUACACCGAUCCAGCCAAGGCUUCUGCGGACUUGAAAGCACUCCUGGAGGGCGGCAUGGAAGAUGACGACGAGGAGGAUCAGGAGAAGCAGGAUACAGAAAAAGACGGCAAAGACGGCAGUAUGGAAGGUCUCAAGGUGAAACUCCUGCCUCAUCAAGUCGAGGGUGUCGAGUGGAUGAAAGGCCGUGAACUAGGACCUGUCAAGAGAGGCAAGAAGCCUUCCAAGGGCGAGAAGGGCUACAAAAAGCAUUUCGAUGGCAUUGAGAAGACAACAUUGGUCGUAGCACCUCUGGCCCUGAUCAGGCAAUGGGAAUCAGAGAUCAAGGAGAAGGUGGUGAAAUCGCACGGAUUGAAGGUAUGCGUUCACCACGGGCCUCAGCGUACCAAGCGCUUCAAGGAUCUCGCGCUGUACGACGUUGUCGUAACCACCUAUCAAGUGCUCGUCUCCGAAUGGGGCCACUCGUCAGAAGACGAGAACGGUGUCAAGGCAGGAUGUUUUGGUCUUCACUGGUGGCGUGUGGUCCUUGAUGAGGCUCACACCAUCAAGAAUCGCAACGCAAAGUCGACAAAAGCUUGCUAUGCUUUGCGAUCGGAGUACCGUUGGUGUUUAUCUGGAACACCAAUGCAGAACAACCUUGAAGAGUUGCAGUCUCUGAUCAAAUUUCUCAGAAUUAAGCCCUACGACGACCUCAAAGAGUGGAAGGAGCAGAUUGAGAAGCCACUCAAGAAUGGUAAGGGUCAUGUCGCUAUUCGUCGUCUCCACAGCCUGCUUCGGUGCUUCAUGAAGCGUCGCACGAAGGAAAUUCUUAAGGAGGAGGGCGCCCUCAAUCCUGGUGGCAAGCCGACCAAGGAGGGCGAAAAGUCCAGUACCGGCUUUAAGGUCACCGAGCGCAAGGUUGUGACGGUUGCCACUGCAUUUUCCCCCGCAGAACGCCGCUUCUACGACAGACUGGAGGCUCGAGCUGAUGAGAGCAUCGAGCGCAUGUUGAAGGGCAAGGUGGACUAUGCUAAUGCUUUAGUCCUGCUCCUGCGACUUAGGCAAGCUUGCAACCACCCGAAGCUGGUCGAGGGAAAGCUUGACAAGGACAAGGAUGCACUUUCGACCGACGCGGGCCAGAAGAAGGCACCGGCAGAUAUCGACGCCCUCGCCGACAUGUUCGGUGGCAUGGGCAUCGUCACAAAGACCUGCGGCAUUUGUGGCCGGGAAUUGCCCAAGGAUAUCGCCAAGAGCGGGCAGGAUACUUGUCAAGAAUGUUACGAUGAUCUUGCAUACUUCAAAGAGCAUGAGACGCCAAAAAGAAAGAAGCCCAAGCAUAGAAAGGGCAAGCUGGGCAAGGUGAUGAAGAUUGUGGAGCAGAGUUUGGUUGCGGAUGAUGAGGACGAGAGCCCACAGAAGCCCAAGUCUCGGCGGCCUAAGAAACGCAAUGUGGUCAUGGAUAGCGACGACGAGGAGGCGGAAGGUGACUGGCUCGUUCCCGAGAACCAACAAGGCCAGCUGCGGAUGGGCAAGGCCGGAGGUGAGGAAGAUGAGAACGCAGAGGGUGGCGGAGACUGGAUCGGAUCUGAAGACUCGAGACACGGGUCCGAAGAUGAAGACGACGGCAGCAACAUUGAUAGCUUCGUUGUCAAGGAUGAUAGGGUCAAGCCCGAGGACGUGGAUGAUAGUCUUGCUUCAGACGACAGCCUUCCCUCGAUAGCAGCGAUAGCAUCGCAGCUCGAUGAGGAGCAUCGGUCAUCCCAGUCCUCUGAGGGUGACUCCGAGUCUGAUUCGGAAGAAGAUACCGGGGUCGACGAGUCGGAAGUGUACUCUGACCGAGACUCACGUUACAAACCUAACGGCCAGGUAUCGCAGAUUCUUGCGUCCGCCAAGAUCCGCCAAAUGAUGCAGCUGCUGCACAAGGAGACCGACGAGCACAAGUUCAUUGUAUUCUCGCAGUUCACCUCAAUGAUGGACCUUGUAGAACCCUUCUUCCGCAAGGAGGGCCUCAAAUUCACGCGCUAUGACGGCAGCAUGAAGAACGACGAGCGCGAGGCUAGCUUGCACCGCCUGCGCAACGACAAGAACACGCGCAUUCUGCUUUGCAGUCUCAAGUGUGGCAGCUUGGGCCUCAACCUCACUGCAGCCACCCGAGUCAUCAUUCUCGAACCCUUCUGGAACCCUUUUGUCGAAGAGCAGGCCAUUGACCGAGUUCACCGCCUCACACAGACAGUCGACGUCGUCGUCUACAAGCUCACCGUCGAGAAGACGGUAGAGGAGCGUAUACUUCAGCUGCAAGAGAAGAAGCGUCUGCUCGCCGAGACGGCCAUCGAGGGAGGCAUGAAGAAGGACGCGUUCAAGCUUGGCUUCAAGGAGAUCAUGGACCUGUUCCGCCGCGAUGACUCUCACGGUGCCGGUGCCGAAAAUCACGACAACUAUGUCGACCAGUCGCGCAGCACUUCGGCGCGAACCAGUAGACAAGGCUCCCCCGAGAUCGGAAUGCUGCAAAAGGCCCGCAAGGCGCCGAAGAAGGCGGAACACGAGAUGUUUGGUCGCCGAUGGUAG